AAGUCACGCCAACUCAACAAAUAAAAUCAAGCCUCCAAACACCAUCCGGUAACACCAUCAAACCCCACCGAUCCGACCCUCCCGCCGUCGAACUCUAUAAAAACGGCUCACCCAACUCGCAUGGCUUGUUCGUCUCGCUCACUCCUCUCGUUCUCCUCCGUACGACGAUCGCAGCCCUCCAUCCCCUUAAUCUCACCGCUGGUUGCACAGAAACCUCGUUCCUGCACUCUCGCUCUCAGAUCAAAAGGGGUUUCUCUGAUCUGCUCGAAUCCGAAGAAAUUUAGAGCUAGAACGAGGUCAUCAAUGGCGGAGGUUACAGCUGACAACGGGAAAGGAAAGGUGAAGGUGUUUGAUUCUGAGGAAGAAGUGGCGGUGGGUCUGGCGAAGUACACCGCGGAUAUAUCGAAUAAGAUCACUAACGAGAAGAGUUCAUUUACUGUUGUUUUGUCUGGAGGUUCUCUGAUCCAUUCAUUGAGGAAAUUAGUUGAAGCACCAUACAUCGAUUCAAUAGAAUGGGGGAAAUGGCAUGUUUUCUGGGUGGAUGAGAGAGUUGUUCCCAAGGAUCAUGUGGACAGUAACUACAAGCUUGCAUAUGAUGGUUUCCUCUCUAAGGUACCAAUACCCCCUGGUCAAGUUUAUGCCAUCAACGAUGCUCUGUCAGCCGAGGGUGCAGCUGAUGACUAUGAGACCUGCCUCAAACAUUUGGUAACAAACGGUGUGUUGCACGUCUCAGCAAAGACUGGCUUUCCAAAAUUUGAUCUCAUGCUACUGGGUAUGGGCCCAGAUGGUCAUGUUGCUUCUCUAUUCCCAGGGCAUCCUCUUGUAAAAGAGAAUAAGAAAUGGGUUACAUUCAUCAAGGAUUCUCCAAAACCACCUCCCGAGAGAAUCACUUUUACCUUUCCGGUCAUCAAUUCAUCUGCAUAUAUCGCCAUGGUAGUGGUUGGUGCUGGUAAAGCACCUGUGAUUGAGGCAACAUUGGGAAAAAGUCCAAAUUCUGAGGUGCUGCCUGUUGGAAUGGUUUCACCUGAAGACGAGAUGACUUGGUUUUUCGACAAGCAAGCAGCUUCGAAGAUAUAGAUCUGGGCAUGUUCAUCUCAAUGUGAGUUAUAAGCCAUGGAAUAAGUAGUAUAUCUAUUUUAUAUCGUAUGGCUUAUGAGUUUGUAAUUUUAGUGGCAGCUAUAUGCACUAGUCAGGUUUUUCUUCCUUCCUGAUCGCUGCAAAGUAUUGAACUAAAUAAAUGCGAUGUUGGAUAUGGUUUCAGUAA